AUGGCCACUGAAGCAGUCAAUGGAGCUCCCGCGCCAAGCGAAACUCCGAAAGAGGAUACCAACAACACUGCUGGCGUGGACGCUGGUAAAUCAACCGCGGUGGACGGGGACGCGCCUACGGAGGUCAGCGCACCCGAAACGGGAGUUGCUACGUCAGCUAGCACCGAGAAAGAUGCCGACAGCUCUGCAAAAAACGCGGGAGAUAAGCACGAGCGCGCCAAUGCAACCGAGGAUGCCAACCAAACGCGAAAAGAUGAACCUGCGACAAAAAAACAGAAAACCGAUGCCGCACCGCCCAAGGCAGCAAGUGGAUCCCAAACCAGCACUGCGGAAAAUGGCGAUCAGAAGAGGGGUCCAGGAAGACCGAAGAAGAGCGGGACAAGAGAGAAACCGGAAAGGAAAACCCCUAAGCCUCGCGCGACUGAGGGAGUUGGAAGCAGAACUAGGAGUCGUGUUCAGGCAUAG